UCUCUCUCUCUCUCUCUCUCCACACUUCAAUGUAAACUGAGCUCAUCACCAUCCCAUUCACACCACCACAAGCUCAUUCUUGCGCUACAAACUCUUCAAUUAUCAUCUUAUCUUCUCUUCUUUUCAGCUACAAAAAUAAGUUCCCCUGCUUACCCAAAAACAAGUACUAAGUUCCUCUAAUCCACGUAUCCAGCCAUGAUCAAUUCAAAGAGGCUCUUGGAGAUAGCGCGCAAAUGGCAGAAAAAAGCCAUGAGUCAGAGGAGGAGAAUAUCUCUCAUAAGGAAUACUAGUAAUCGAAUGGAUUCAGUUGCUGUUGAGGGUCAUUUUGUGAUUUAUACAGUAGAUGGCAGCCGAUUUGUGAUUCCCUUAGCCUUUCUUAACCGCCCCAUCUUUCAGGAGUUGCUUUUGGUGGCCGAAGAAGAGCUUGGAUUCACAGGAUGCCGCCCUCUAACUGUGCCUUACGAGUCAUUCUUGAUGGAGCACAUAGUCUCCUUACUGAACAAGAAUGCAUCAAAGGAGGUGGAGAAGGCAUUGGUUUCCAUGGCAUGUUGCAGAGCCUCACAUAAGGCUCUAGUCCUUCAUAAGCAGUCUCUCAGCCUAUGAUUCUCCAUGGCUUUUGAGGCAUGGUUGUAAAUUGAAAUACCACUUACGAAGUCUCAAUUUGAAGGGGCAUCUAAACCACCUCUUGUAUAUGUACACAAAUUAAAAUUUUGUUUUUAAACAAUUUUUUCUGAAUUUAUUUGAUCAA